AUGUCGGAUGACGAUUCGAGGGCCAGCACCAGCUCCUCCUCAUCUUCAUCCUCCAACCAACAGACAGAAAAAGAGACAAGCACGCCUAAGAAGAAGGAGAGCAAAGUCAGCAUGAGUAAAAACUCUAAGCUGCUAUCUACCAGUGCCAAGAGGAUUCAGAAGGAAUUGGCUGACAUCACCUUAGAUCCACCUCCCAACUGCAGUGCUGGCCCCAAAGGUGAUAAUAUCUAUGAAUGGAGAUCAACCAUUCUAGGACCUCCAGGCUCGGUCUAUGAGGGAGGUGUUUUCUUCCUUGACAUCACAUUUACACCAGAAUAUCCUUUCAAGCCUCCAAAGGUAACCUUUUCCCGCUGCUACCAUUGUAGUCUCUCAUCACGGGACAUAGCCCACAGACUUCUCCAAU